UUCGAAUACUGCAAGUUCCCAUAAUGUCAUAUAUCAAGAAUACAUUGACACUUUACUUCGCAAACUUGGCUCAUUAUCAACCUCUGUUAAUGAAUUUAUACAAGAAUUUUAUGGAAAUCUAUAUGAAAAAUUAGAGAAGUUGGUAUGA